UACUGACUGUAGAAGAAGACCAACCGACAAACCUCAGCCCGGUGACCGACUGCCUGCCUCUGCAUCACCGCCACGGAUCGAGCCAGGACCCGACCCACAGAACCGGAGGAAAAAUGGCGUUCACAUUCGCGGCCUUCUGUUACAUGCUGGCUCUGCUGCUCACAGCGGCUCUUAUCUUCUUCGCUAUCUGGCAUAUAAUAGCAUUUGAUGAGCUCAAGACUGAUUACAAGAAUCCUAUAGAUCAGUGUAACACUUUAAAUCCGCUGGUUCUCCCAGAGUAUCUCAUCCAUUUCUUCUUCUGCGUGAUGUUCUUCUGCGCUGCCGAGUGGCUCACGCUCUCUCUCAACCUGCCGCUGUUCGCCUAUCAUGUCUGGAGGUAUAUGAGCAGACCGGUGAUGAGCAGUCCGGGGCUCUAUGACCCGACCACCAUCAUGAACGCUGACAUCCUGGCCUUCUGUCAAAAAGAAGGCUGGUGCAAACUGGCUUUCUACCUGCUGUCCUUCUUCUACUAUCUCUACGGGAUGAUCUAUGUUCUGGUGAGCUCCUAAAGGAAGCUGAAGGAUGCCAGAAAGCAGACUUCAAGGCGCUGAUGAUGUUAGUGCGGGAAACUGGACCGACGCUCAAACACCUGACAACAGACAAACUCUUAAAAAAAACAAAACACACACAGCGCAUUUCUGGAAACAUGAACCCCGAUUUAAAGAGAAUAUCUCGUUGCAGCGUUCCUCUCAUAGCACUAGUUAAAAUGUUUUGGAAACCAAGGAAAAACCUGAAGGACAAGUUAAUUUUUCUUCCUUUUUAUUGGUGUGAUGAUUUUGAUGCUUUGGGAUUUAAAUAAAGUUUGUUUUUUUCUCCCAGA